AUGCAGAGUCGUGGUAGUUGGGGGUUGGUGCAUGACUGUCGGCAAUCUGGCAUGCAUUUGGGAGUGCAGGUUUUGGGUCGGAAGAGUUUAUCUUCAGAAGGACCGGGAAUGCUGGCUGCUGCUGGUGUAUAUUCAGAAGAGGGAAGAUAUCCGGUAAGGGAUGUCGACCCUGGUGAAUUUUUGUUCUCGGAGGCGAGAUAUCCGAAUUGGGAUGCAGAACUUGUAGGAGACUGA